CAGGGCCCCAGGGAGCGCGGGGCGCCGCUGCCGCCGCUGCUCCGCUCGGUUCCGUCUCCUGGGCAGCGGCGGGACCGGCGACCGCGGCGGCGGAGGGACAGGAGCUGGGAGCCGCGGUCCGCAGAGUUGGGCAGGGGAGCACCCGCGCCUCCGCGGCGUCAUGGGCCCCCUUCCCGGGCCUCAGCGGGCACCAGCCGCGGGAACCCCCAGGCCUCCUCGCGGCCGAGCCUGAGCGACCCCCGGGUUCUCAGGCACUCGCUCCCUACUCCCUAUUUUUUCCUCCUUUCGCCACCGUUACCGCUUGUGCACUCGGUUAUGGCAACAGAGCCGCCAUCCCCCCUCCGGCUCGAGGCGCCCGGCGCCCCAGAGAUGCGGACCCCACCGGUGAGCGAUGCCGCCCCCGAAGGCGCCCCGCAACCAGCGGGCGGCAGGCUGCGUUUCCUCAACGGCUGCGUGCCCCUGUCGCAUCAGGUGGCUGGGCACAUGUACGGAAAGGACAAAGUGGGUAUACUGCAACACCCAGAUGGCACAGUUUUGAAACAGUUACAGCCACCUCCAAGGGGCCCGAGAGAGCUGGAAUUUUAUAAUAUGGUUUAUGCUGCUGAUUGUAGUGAUGGUGUUCUUCUAGAGCUUCGAAAAUAUUUGCCAAAAUAUUAUGGCAUCUGGUCACCUCCCACUGCACCAAAUGAUUUAUACCUAAAACUGGAAGAUGUGACCCAUAAAUUUAAUAAGCCCUGUAUAAUGGAUGUAAAGAUCGGGCGAAAAAGCUAUGAUCCCUUUGCCUCAUCUGAGAAGAUUCAGCAACAGGUCAGCAAGUACCCAUUAAUGGAAGAGAUUGGGUUCUUGGUGCUUGGCAUGAGGGUUUAUCAUGUUCAUUCUGAUAGCUAUGAAACACAAAAUCAGCACUAUGGAAGAAGCUUAACAAAAGAAACUAUAAAGGAUGGAGUCUCCAAGUUUUUUCAUAAUGGGUUCUGUCUAAGAAAAGAUGCUAUUGCUGCCAGUAUUCAGAAGAUUGAGAAAAUUCUGCAGUGGUUUGAAAGCCAGAAGCAGCUUAGCUUUUAUGCAAGUUCAUUAUUAUUUGUUUAUGAAGGUUCAUCUCAGCCAACCACUACAAAAUCAAAUGACAGAACUUUGGCAGAAAAGUUUUUGUCCAAAGGACAAUUGUCAGACACAGAGUUACUGGAGUACAACAAUAACUUUCAUGUGUUAAGUUCCACAGCAAAUGGAAAAAUAGAGGCUUCAGUAGGCAAAAGCUUAUCCAAGAUGUAUGCUCGUCACAGAAAAAUGUAUUCAAAAAAACAUCACAGUCAGACUUCAUUGAAAGUUGAAAAUAUGGAGCAAGACAAUGGGUGGAAAAGCAUGUCACAGGAACAUUUAAAUGGAAAUGUACUUUCCCAACUGGAAAAAGUUUUCUACCAUCUUCCCACUGGUUGCCAAGAGAUUUCGGAAGUAGAAGUGCGAAUGAUAGAUUUUGCUCAUGUGUUUCCUAGCAACACAAUAGAUGAGGGAUAUGUUUAUGGUCUAAAGCAUUUAAUUACUGUACUUCGAAGUAUUUUAGACAAUUGAAUCUUUUGCUGCAGUCUUUUUAAGGGGUGGACAAAUCAUCAUAAAGAGCAGCAGUCAUUAUCUCUGCACCUGUAAUGCUGUGUAAAAACUUUGUAUUGUGAGUCAACAUUUUAUUUGUCUUUAUACUUUUGGUAGAAAGGUUAACUUUUUUAUAAUCUUACUCAGGAAUACUAAUUUGUUCAUUAGAAAACUAUGAAGAAUAAAGAAACAGGAAUGUUAAGCAGGGAAUGUGGUGGUACAUGGCCUAAACAUCUAUUUGGCUCAAGCAAAAUGCAAACCAUUAUUCAGUAAGAGUUUAUUUAGCUUUCUGUAGCCAAUGUAUCAUGAAAUCUAUCCACCCAAUCUUGAAAAUGAGCCAUAUCUAACCUAUGACAUAAUUAGAACACCUUCAAAAUCUAGAAAGCACAGGUUGAUAUCCUUAGUAUUGCUAUGUAUGAAGUUAUUAAAACUGGAGAAAAUUCUACUUCAGAAAUAAGUACCAUUUAGGUUUUAUAUUAAAAGUUCAGACCAGCGUAUCAAAAGGUGCUUCUUAGUGAAAUGAUUUAGAAUUGUUGCAUUCCAAAAGCAGGUUUUUCCAUUUAAUUUCCAUUUAUCUAUGUAAUACAAAAUAUUAUACUUUGUGAAAUACACAACGGAAAUGGACAACAACAACAACAACAAAAAAUAUCUUGAAAUUAAAGGCACUGAUGAUUUUUACCAGGGUCAGAAGAGAGAAAUUAUUUGCAAGAAACAAAUUUUUUUCUUUAAAAUUCUUUUAUUGCAAGUUCUUUUGUGGCAAAAAUGGAAUCUAUACUUACUACAAUGUGAGAAGACAUUACAUGAUAUGUAGGUAUACAUAUAAUACUUUUUCUCAAACAGAGGCUUCAAAAAGGUAAAUGAUUGAAAUUUUUUUCCCUCUAAACAAUAUUUUAGAGUGUUUUGCUUUUAAAAUUCAUGUUAGUUAAGCAGUGGUAUAGAUGUUUGUUGCUAAAUAUAGUGUUUCUCAGAAUUUGGUUAAGCAGUGAAAAACAGCAUCUGAUCAUGUGUUUUUAAAAAUACUGUGUGUAAAUUAGUACAUUGUAUAGGGUUUGGAGCAUAUCUAAAUCUGUGCUUCUGUUUCACUAUUAUUCAUAACAGCUUUAGAUCAUAUCAAAAGAGAAACUAAUUUUAUUGGGGGCAGAGGCAAAAACACAUUUGUAAAUAUUACCUUUGUUUUACACACACACCACCUUUUAAAAAAUAACUAGGUAUGAUUUAAGAUCUUUUCCUCCUCUUUUUACCUCAGAAUCACAAUUUAAAUUUUUAAAUCCAAGUGCCAUUUUUAUGUGGUAUGGAGGAAAUUUUGUUUCUUAGCUUCCCAACUCUCACCGAGGGUACUUUGCAAAUAUCUGAGUCCAAACAAAGUCACCAGAUAAAUUUCUAUGAAUACUAUACUUAGCAAAUCUUUUAAACUGGCAUAACUUUAUAUGCAUUUUGUUAUUUUUAUUUAGAAUUAGUGUAAAAUAUUUUUCCUUGGGAUGUGAUGUUUUUCUGUAUUCCCAAGUAGGUAUUGGCCAUACAUUUUUGUGGGAAUGAAAUUCAAGUCUUAAUUAAUAGAAACUUUUUUAGUUUUACUCUUUUUUUUCUUCAAUAUGGACUUUUGUUGUUGUUGUUACUUAGAUAGUGUUAAGCUCAUAUAAAUGAACACUAUGUUGAAUCUUCAGAGGAUUUUUGUAUGGGAUUGUGUCAGCCUAUGUACAUUAAAUUUAAUAAAUUUAAGUAUUAUCAGAUUAUUUGCACAUUUUAGUUCAAUAAAGUCUGAAUCAGCUGUUCUAGAUUUUCUUUAUCUGUAUUUGGAAAUAGAGUUUUGUAAAGUCAAUGUCUUGCCUUUCUGAUAAAAUAGAUCAUGUUUUGUUUUAAUAAAACAAGAAGUGCUUUUAUCUUUGUUUUUCAGGGAAGGGAUUAACAUUUAAUUCUUUUUGUUUACAUUUUUUAUCACUGUUACCCAAUGACCAUUUUAUGUUAUUACUUUAUAAGUAAGCUUGUAUGUAACAGAAUAAGUAUCUGUUUCUGUAAUCUACAUGUGACUAUUAUCUAGUCCUGUCUUAAGAUUAUGCGGAAGUAUGCCACUGUGGGGAUGAAUGAUCACUAUUCAGCAAACAUGUUUGAACAUGUAAAUGUUUAAGAAAUAAGCAAAUUAAUGAUAUGGUUUGGAUUAAUAGGAUUAUUAAUUUUUUUCUCCCCUAGGAAACAUAAAUAAUAAUGUUAGUGUAUUUCUUAUGAAAUGCACUCAUAUAAAGGACUUUUAAGAAAUUGUGGAUAUGAAUACAUUUCUCAAAUGAAAUUUAAAUUGUAAAAUAGUUUUAUAAUAAAGUAUUUACAUUAAUUGAUAUUUUAAUAUGGAUGGAAGUUGCAUAGAUUCAAAUAAAUUAAAAUCCACGAUAAAUGAUACAUAUUUUAUCUAAAUAGUUUUUCAAGAAAUAAUUAUGAAAAUGUGUAUAUUAAAUGGCUCUAACAUGGAGCUUGUGGUAUUUCAAAUUGGUAUUCAUGAUUCUUUGUUUUAUGUGUCUGGAAAGAAUGUACUUAUUAUGCCUCUUUACACUACAAUUUGCUACUGUGGGCCUCAAGACUGUUCUACUGAAUUAGAACUUUUAAAGAAUUUUGGAUUAAGUAUAAUUUAGUAUUUAUGAUUUCCAAGAUAUUCUUAUCAUGUCUGUAAAGUCUCUACCAAAUUAUAAUAUUUGAAAAGGAAUUAAUUUCCAUAGUUCUUUGAGUUGUAGUUUUCUUGCUUCAAGAACCUGGAAACACAUUUUUAAUUUUAUUUUUUAAGGAUAUUGGAAUAUUAUAGGAUAAACAAACUAGAACAGUGAAAUAAUUUUAUCAUGAAAUUACAGAAAUCGUGUCCACUAUUUUAAAGCAUUGUCAUCUUUUUAGUACCAUUUUAUCUUAGAGUUUGAAUUUAAACUUGAUUUGCUUUAAAAAUUGUUUACAGUGCUUUGUAAUUUUAUUCCUUAUCCAGUGCCUUUAACCUUGAUUUGGUAUAUUUGUAGCUUCAGUUUUCCUUCCUAUUGUAUCUUAUAAUGUCUUUAAUAGCCCAGGAGGCAUCAAUUUCUUCUUAAAAAAUUGUCAGUUUGAUUAUCUGAAGAUGUAGUAAUUACUCAUUAAUAUUUUGGGAAACAAGUACAGUUUUCUUUGGAGGCCAGGCUUCUUAGUUUAUUCAAAAACAUCGGAUGUAUCGGAUGAAUAAUGUGUGCCAAGCAUUUGUAAUCCCUACCCCUAGUAUACAGUUUGAACUAAUCAGACAAGGCCCUAACUAUUUUAAGCAUCCUGUCUAGGCCAAGUAAGGUUUAGGAACUCAAUUUAAAUAGAGAUAUAGAGAAAAAUGCAUUUAAAGAUAACUAGCAUUUGAGUUUGUGUAAAGAUUAAUAAGUACUGAAUUAAGGUGAGGCAACUAACCAUUACAAAGUUUAGAUAAUUUUGCAGCUUUGUAAACUUCAUUUGACUCUUGAGUUUGGGUAGUAGCUAUUGAUAGUGUAAAAAAGCCUAAUUUUUCAAUAUUCUUGGUGGUAAAGGUACGUUUACUUAGACUGUCCAUUUAGAGUAGUGUUUAACAUAACAUUACUGUGAAAAAAAACAUUCCAUUACAUAUUCAUAAGCACAUUAACUGCACAUUUUAAAAUUGUAUUUUACAGUUUAGUACAAGUAAUUUUAGGCCUCAAUCUUAAAUCACUGAUAUUUAAAAUUUGGCAGUAGGGGGUUGUGAUGGCUCAUGCUAUAAUCCCAGAGACUUUGGAUUCUGUGGAUUAUGAAUUUGAGGCCACCCCAGGCAAUAUAGGGAAACCCUAUCUCAAAAAAUUAAAAGAAAAUAAAAAGUCUGGGGAUAUGUAGCUCAGUGGUAGAGCACUCCUGAGUUCAAUCCCUAGUACUACAAAAAAAUUUUUUAAAAUAUGAAAUUAACGUUUUGACUCAGUGAUUUUAUUGAAAUUUUAAAUAGUUCAGGAAAUUGUUAAUAUUUCAGGAAAAUUAGAGUCAUCGUUUUUUGUUAAUGUUUUAAAUUCUUAUUGCUUAAUUUGAUGGAUUCUAGUAAGAGGAAAAGGUACUCAUUCAAUUAAACAAAUUGGCUUGUACUUUCAAGAAUUGUUUUUAAUGUCAUCAUUGGGGUUAAAUUUUGGCCUGGUGUUCACCUAAAAUAUAUAUAAACAGUGUAAUUAUAAAGUGAAAUAAUCUUAAGUAUGAUGUAUGAUACACCUGCAUAUAAAUGAAAAUGAAGUGCACACAGACACUUUACUAUGGGAACUGUACUGGAAGAUUUAUGAAAGCAUGUGAAAUUGCACCUAAAAUUGUGUUAUUAGUGACUAUAAGCAGCAAUGCUAAAUUUCUUGUACUUGAUGAAUGAAUGUACUUAGUCACAGUAACUUUGGUUUAAAUGUCUAAGUAAUGUCUUUAGUUUUUUUUUUUUCUUUUAGUGUGUUUGUAAUUUGUACUAUUGAUGGGGAUAAUUCUUGGACUGCAGGGGUUAUUGUCAAUGUGUGAUUUGUGUUUUUGUUUUAUAGAGUCAUCUAAUGUGAUAUACCAAUUUUUAUAAGUGAUAUUUAGAUAAUUCUAAUAACUGUGUAUAUUUGACAACCUAUUAAAAUGUUUUGCAUUGGA